CUCGCUUCAUCCCGCCAAAGGACCAAGUUGACGAUGUGUCUUGUCUUUUCGUCAAGGCCUUCAGCCUCGACCUCACCCCGACAACAGGCUGUCGACUGCCCCCCAAUAUGGUCAGAACAUUCGGCGCAUUCGCGCUCGCGGGCAUCUUCAGCCUUGUGGGCUCUGUAGCGCACGCCCAAGGGCCAAUUCAUCGCCACUCCCGGCGAGCUUCGCAGAAUGAUGCCACCGUGGUUAGGGGCGUCUACAUGGUCGAGCUUCAAGAUGGCGUCACGCCCGACCAGCUGACCGACACGCUGGGAGCCGCCAACGUGACUGUGCACAUCCGGCAGACCCUGAACUCGCGUAUCUUCAAGGGUGUAUCCCUCGACCUAGUCCUCGCCGGGGACGACAGCAGCGCGGCAGAAGGAGCCCUCCGCGCCGCCCCCGGCGUCAAGCAGAUCUGGCCCGUCCGGGCCGUCUCCACGCCCAAAAGCGACGUGCAGUCCUUCCACCCCCUGGGGCCCUCGACGCGGCACCAAGCCACGCGCCGCGCCGCCGCCAACGACACGUACUACCCGCACGUCAUGGCGCAGGUGGACCGCCUGCACGACGCCGGCAUCACCGGGGCGGGCGUGCGGCUCGCCGUGGUCGACACGGGCGUCGACUACACCAACGCCAUCCUGGGCGGCUGCCUGGGCGGCGGCUGCGUCGUCACGCACGGCUGGGACGCGGUCGGCGUCGACUCGCUGCUGGGCGCCAGCGGCGCCGUCGCCCCGGUCCCCGACGACGACCCCAUGGACUGCGCCGGGCACGGCACGCACGUCGCCGGCAUCGUGGCCGCCCUGCCCAGCGAGUUUGGGUUCCUGGGCGCCGCGCCCGGCGUCAGCCUCGGCGCGUACCGCGUCAUGGACUGCGCUGGCUUCGGCACGGAGGAGACCAUCGCGGCGGGCAUGCUGAGGGCGUUUGACGACGGCAACCACAUCCUGACGCUGUCGGUCAGCGUGCCGGGUGGGCUGCCGGAUAGCUUCGUGUCGAUGACGGCGGCGCGGAUCGUCGAGGCCGGGGUGCCGGUCUUUGUGGCCAUUGCCAACACGGGCGAGACCGGGUCUCUGUUCGACCCUGUGGCUCCUGCCGAUGCGCGUCACGUCGGCUCCGUGUCGUCGUUUGAUCCCGUCCAGGAGCCGGCUGUGUAUGCGGUGGCGGAGUAUGUGAUCGACGACGGCGAGGUUGAGGAGUUUGAGUGGGUGCCGCUGCUCAAUGGGCGGUACGACAUGCAAGGCGGUGCGGACCAGCAGGCCUUUCGCCUGAUUGACCUGAACAGCUUCGUGGUCAAUGGCACGGUGAUGGGGGGCUGCCAAGUGAUUCCAGAUUCCGUGCCGGACCUGUCGGGCUAUCUGGUUUUGGUUGAACGGACCCCAGCAAAUCUCUGUCUUUUCCGGACUCAGCGGGAGAACAUCAAGGCCAAAGGCGCCGACCACAUAAUGUUCUGGGCCAGCGAAGAUGUAAUCCGCGGCAUAGUCAACGACGACCUGCAAACCUUCAUGGCCACAACGACCCCCGCCCCAGCAACCGAGUGGCGCAAGGCUCUCGCCGCCGGCUCCAACGUCACCGUGACCCUCACCACCCCGACCAAGUCCAAACCCAAAGUCGUCUGGUCCGCCAACAACAAGACAGGCGGCUACGUCUCGAGCUUCAGCAGCUGGGGCCCGACUCUCGACCUCCGCCCCGCCCCCGUCUUUGGCGGCCCCGGCCGCAGCAUCCUGUCAACCUACCUCCACAACGGCGGCCAGGGCGUCGCCACCCUCGGCGGCACCUCCAUGGCCGCCCCUUUCGUCGCCGCCUCCGCAGCCCUCCUCCUGCAGGCCUUCAACCACACCCUCGACCCGCAGACCCUCCAAACCCUCCUCGCCAGCACGGCGAUCCACUCCAUCGGAAACCCCCACCCGCUGCAGGCCGGCGCCGGGCUCGUCCAGCUCUGGGACGCCGCGCACACCAAGGGCGUGCUCAGCGCGCCAAGCAUCGCCUUCAACGACAGCGACCACCACGUCGCCGAGGCGCGGCUGACGCUGCGCAACACGGACGCCGCCCCCGCCGUCUACCGGCUGUCGCACACCGCCGCCGCGACCAUCUACGCCAUGGGGCCCGGCGCCGACGGCCUCGCGAGCAUGCCGCUGCAGCUGGUCGACGGGCCCGCGAGCAUCUCCUUCGCCGCCGACUCGGUCUCGGUCCCCGCGGGCGGCGAGGCCGAGAUCGUGGUGCGCUGCACGCCGCCGCUGGGCCUCGAGGCGGCGCGCUGGCCAAUCUACUCUGGCCGCGUGCAGCUCAACGGCAGCAACGGCGACGUGCUGAGCGUGCCGUACGUCGGCAACGCGGGCUCGAUGCGCCGCGCCGUCGUGCUCACCCCGGACCAGGUAUUCGUGUCGCCGCCGUUGAGCGCGGGCGCCGUCGUCACGCUGCCCGGCGGGUCGGGGUCGUCGUCGUCCGCGGCGAUGGUCGUCACGGCAUAUCCCCGCCUGCCCACGCGCGUGAUGCGGUACGACGUCGUGGUGCCGACGGGCGCCAACGGGACGGGGGCUGUGGGGCCCAACGGCACGACGCCGUGGUUGGGAUACAAGACGUUUGGGCAGAUGAUGGGGUCGCCGCAGGCGGUGUUUGCCAAGGGUGCGGCCGGGUCCAUCAGCUUUACAGGGUUGAUGGCUGGAGGCAGGCGGUUGCAGGAGGGUCGGUAUUCGAUUUUGGUUAGUGCGCUGCGGCUCUUUGGCCGGCCGGACCGGGCGGAUGUCGGUGACUGGCAGACGGUCGAGACGGUGCCUUUUGAGCUCCGCUAUGGUAGUUGAAGCAGGAAAAUCAGUCUGCAAUAUUUAGACAUGUUCUUGCAUUUAACAUUUAAUGUCAACUUUUACAUUUGCUCACGCGCUGCAGCUUUUUGUACUGCCAUCUAAAAUGUUUACACUUCUGAACCAAUCAUCUUGGGGCAAUGUAGCCAAAGUAAUAAUUGUAGC